CCAACAGGGCCAUCGAUGGAGGACAAAUUACUAACGGCAGAAUGGAAGGAUUAGAGGAGGAAAAACACUAUGGAAUUCGAACACAAAAUAAGUUAGAUCUGGGGCGCCUUUUCCGGAUUAACAAGGAUCUUUUGGUACUAAAGCUUUACUACUUUUUUGCGUUUAGUGCGAAAGCUUGUAUCCAGCCAUUCUUUCCUGUGUUUCUACGCCACGUGGGACUAUCAGCUGAACAGACCGGCUUUGUAAUCGGACUACAACCACUGGCGAAUUUCAUUGGAACACCCAUCGCUGGCGCUUUAGCGGACAAAUAUCGAAAACACAGGAUUGCUAUGUUAAUCAUGUGUAUCGUUACAACUGCUCUUCAAUUUUCUUUGGUGUUUGUUCGGCCCAACGAAGAACUAAACACGGCAACAAACUUUUGUAGUAAUCACUCAUUCUUGAACAUAACUGGAAAGGAAAAGGUUGCAAUUGAAAAAUUGUCGUCUAUAAAUCCAGAUAACGACUCAUCGUCUUUUGCAGAAAAAAACUGUACAGAUGACUUAGGUGGAAAUACGACGGAUAUCGCCAAAACUGUAGGAAGUGGGGACAACCACGAUGUAUUUCUUCUUAUUAUUGUUCUUUCCUUUGUAUGGUCAUUAUUCGAUGGCUCGAAUUCCUUGGCUGAUGCGGCCACGGUUAAAUACUUGACAGAUAUUGGCAGAAGUGGUGACUAUGGCAAGCAAAGACUGUGGGGUGCUGUCGGAUGGGGAAGUAUUGCAAUUUUGUCAGGGUUCACAAUUGAUCAGUCUGCCCAGAAUUCAAAUCAGAGUCAGUUUUUCAUAGCAUUCUGUGGUUUUUUGUUGUUCAACAUUGCAGCUUUCAUAACAGUAAUUAAGUUGCCACUGGAAUAUUUAGAGGGUGAAUCCAAGCCCAAGAUUUUCCAGAAUGUGUGUAUCAUUCUCUCUGACUGUUGCAUUGUCACAUUUUUGUUGGCAAUCCUCAUCAUGGGAGCAAGUUUUUCAACGAUUGGCACAUUUUUGUUUUGGUUUAUUCAAGACAUGAAUGGAAGCCAUUUGUUAAUGGGCCUUACUCUUUGCAUGACAUGUGUCUCAGAGGUCCCUGUUAUGUUUUUUUCUGGGAAGUUAAUUGAUCGUAUUGGCCAUCAUGGUGUCCUAUACUUGACAUUUGUUUGCUAUACCAUUAGAUAUGUGUUAUACUCAUUUAUUCACAAUGCCUGGUAUAUAUUGGCUGUUGAACCUCUACACGGUGUUACUUUUGGAGCAAUGUGGGCUGCUACAACAUCCUAUGGUGGUCUUAUUUCACCUGAGGGAAUGCGUGCAACAGUCAUGAGUUUGGUUAUGGCAACACAUUUUGGUCUAGGAAAACUUAUUGCAGGCUUUGGUGGAGGGGCCAUUUAUGAUAGUUAUGGACCAAGAAUUCUUUUUAGAAGUCUGGCAGUAACAAGUGCUAUCACAGGCUUGCUGUUUGCUCUUUCACAGAGGUUGACUAAGUGGAAAUCACAAGUGCAUUAUUCAGGCUUUCAGAAUGAUUCCCAAAAUGACAGUACUUGGGAUGCAGAGAUGAAGGAGAUAAAUUUAGAUUCUGGAGAUGAACUUUGAUUUUAGAUUGACUUUUUUUUUGUUACAUUGCUUAAAGUGUAUUGUGGGCAUGUGGUAGACAAUAGUUGACAUUUUAAAUUGGAUAAGUUAUUAUAACAUAACCAAAGUAAAGCACAUGAUCUGAUUGGUCAAUUCAGCAUCCAUCAUCUACCCACGGGUGUACAUUGCUGACAUGAGCAAAUGCGAAGACUAGUUUUCC